AUGCCCGAGGCAGGGAAGAAGCCAGUCUCCGCCUUCAGCAAGAAGCCACGGUCCGCAGAGGUGGCCGCCGGCAGCCCUGCCGUGUUCGAGGCCGAGACAGAGCGGGCAGGCCUGAAGGUGCGCUGGCAGCGGGCGGGCAGUGACAUCAGCGCCAGCGACAAAUACGGCCUGGCAGCCGAGGGCACGCGGCACACGCUGACGGUGCGGGACGUGGGUCCCGCCGACCAGGGCUCCUAUGCGGUCAUCGCUGGCUCCUCCAAGGUCAAGUUUGACCUCAAGGUCAUAGAUGCAGGGAAAGCGGAGCCUGUGGCAGUGCCUGCUCCCGCCCCCGCCGAGGCCCCUGGAGCCCCUGGAGAGGCCCCGACCUCCGCCCCUGAGGUGGAAGGAGGCUCCCCGAGUCCCCAAGGGUCCAGCUCAGCGGCCCCCGAGGGCCCUGGUGCCCCUGAUGACCCCAUCGGCCUCUUUGUGAUGAGGCCACAGGACGGCGAGGUGACCGUGGGUGGCAGCAUCACCUUCUCAGCCCGCGUGGCCGGAGCAAGCCUCUUGAAACCGCCCGUGGUCAAGUGGUUCAAGGGCAAGUGGGUGGACCUGAGCAGCAAGGUGGGGCAGCACCUGCAGCUGCAUGACAGCUACGAUCGGACCAGCAAGGUCUACCUAUUUGAGCUGCACAUCACGGAUGCCCAGGCCACCUUUGCCGGUGGUUACCGCUGUGAGGUGUCCACCAAGGACAAAUUUGACAGCUGCAACUUCAACCUCACUGUCCACGAGGCCAUUGGCUCCGGAGAUGUGGACCUCCGAUCAACUUUCCGCCGCACCGACAGCCACGAGGAUGCUGGGACUCUGGACUUCAGCUCGCUGCUGAGGAAGAGGCUGGAGGCCCCCGCCGAGGAGGACGUGUGGGAGAUCCUGCGGCAGGCGCCCCCGUCAGAGUACGAGCGCAUCGCCUUCCAGCACGGAGUCACCGACCUGCGGGGCAUGCUCAAGAGGCUCAAGGGCAUAAAGCGGGACGAAAAGAAAAGCACAGCCUUUCAGAAGAAGCUGCAGCCGGCCUACCAGGUGAGCAAGGGCCACAAGAUCAGGCUGAUGGUGGAGCUGGCCGACCCUGAUGCCGAGGUGAAGUGGCUUAAGAACGGACAGGAGAUUCAGAUGAGCGGCAGGUACAUCUUUGAGUCCAUCGGCGCGAAGCGCACGCUGACCAUCAGCCAGUGCUCGCUGGCAGACGACGCGGCCUACCAAUGCGUGGUGGGCGGCGAGAAGUGCAGCACCGAGCUCUUCGUCAAAGAGCCCCCCGUGCUGAUCACGCGGCCGUUGGAGGACCAGCUGGUGAUGGUGGGACAGCGCGUGGAGUUUGAGUGUGAAGUGUCUGAGGAGGGGGCACAGGUCAAAUGGCUGAAGGACGGCGUGGAGCUGACCCGGGAGGAGACCUUUAAGUACCGGUUCAAGAAGGAUGGCCAGAAACACCACCUGAUCAUCAAUGAGGCGACACUGGAGGACGCCGGGCACUACGCGCUGCGCACCAGCGGGGGCCAGGCUCUGGCUGAGCUCAUCGUGCAGGAGAAGAAGCUGGAGGUGUACCAGAGCAUCGCGGACUUGACGGUGGGUUCGAAGGACCAGGCUGUGUUCAAGUGUGAGGUGUCGGAUGAGAACGUGCGGGGCGUGUGGCUGAAGAACGGAAAGGAGCUGGUGCCUGACAACCGCAUAAAGGUGUCGCACAUCGGGCGGGUCCACAAGCUGACCAUUGAUGACGUCACGCCUGCAGACGAGGCGGACUACAGCUUUGUGCCGGAAGGCUUCGCCUGUAACCUGUCUGCCAAGCUCCACUUCAUGGAGGUCAAGAUUGACUUCGUGCCCAGGCAGGAACCUCCCAAGAUCCACCUGGACUGCCCGGGCCGCGUACCAGACACCAUUGUGGUGGUGGCCGGGAACAAGCUACGCCUGGACGUCCCGAUCUCUGGGGACCCUGCUCCCACUGUGAUUUGGCAGAAGACCAUCACAAAGCUGCUGUGUGAGACCGAGGGCCGGGUCCGAGUGGAGACCACCAAGGACCGCAGCAUCUUCACCGUGGAGGGGGCCGAGCAAGAGGACGAGGGUGUCUACGUGGUCACGGUGAAGAACCCCGUGGGGGAGGACCAAGUCAACCUCACGGUCAAGGUCAUCGAUGUGCCGGAUGCUCCCGCGGCCCCUGGGAUCAGCAAGGUGGGCGAGGACUCGUGCACGGUGUGCUGGGAGCCCCCAGCCUACGACGGCGGGCAGCCAGUCCUGGGCUACAUCCUGGAGCGCAAGAAGAAGAAGAGCUACCGGUGGAUGCGGCUGAACUUCGACCUGCUCCGGGAGCUGAGCCACGAGGCCAAGCGCAUGAUCGAGGGUGUGAUCUAUGAGAUGCGGGUCUACGCGGUCAACGCAGUGGGCAUGUCCAGGCCCAGCCCCGCCUCCCAGCCCUUCAUGCCCAUCGGCCCGCCCAGCGAGCCCACCCACCUGGCGGUGGAGGAUGUCUCCGACACCACUGUCUCCCUCAAGUGGAGGCCCCCCGAGCGCGUGGGAGCUGGAGGGCUGGACGGCUACAGCGUGGAGUACUGCCGGGAGGGUUCCGCGUGGGUGUCCGCCCUGCCCGGGCUGAUCGAUCGCACGUCGCUGCUGGUGAAGGACCUGCCCACGGGCGCCCGCAUGCUCUUCCGUGUGCGGGCGCACAACAUGGCGGGGUCUGGGCCCCCUGUCACCACCAAGGAGCCGGUGACCGUGCAGGAGCUGCUGCAGCGGCCUCGGCUGCAGCUGCCCAGACACCUUCGCCAGACCAUCCAGAAGAAGGUCGGGGAGCCCGUGAACCUCCUCAUUCCUUUCCAGGGCAAGCCCCGGCCUCAGGUGACCUGGACCAAGGAGGGGCGGCCGCUGGCGGGUGAGGAGGUCAGCAUCCGCAACAGCCCCACCGACACCAUCCUGUUCAUCCGGGCCGCGUGCCGCGCCCACUCGGGCACCUACCAGGUGACGCUGCGCGUGGAGGACAUGGAGGACAAGGCCCAGCUGGUGCUGCAGGUCGUUGACAAGCCAAGUCCGCCCCAGGAUAUCCAGGUUGCAGAGGCGUGGGGCUUCAAUGUGGCUCUGGAGUGGAAGCCGCCCCAAGACGACGGGAACACAGAACUCUGGGGGUACACGGUUCAGAAGGCCGACACGAAGACCAUGGAGUGGUUCACCGUCCUGGAGCAUUACCGCCGCACCCACUGCGUCGUGUCGGAGCUCAUCAUCGGCAACAGCUACUACUUCCGGGUCUUCAGUCACAACACAGUGGGGCCCAGCGACAGAGCUGCCACCACCAAGGAGCCGGUCCUUAUCCCCAGACCAGGCAUCAAGUAUGAGACACCCAAGUACAAGGCCCUGGACUUCUCCGAGGCCCCCAGCUUCACCCGCCCGCUGGUGAACCGGUCGGUCAUCGCCGGCUAUAACGCGACCCUCUGCUGCGCCGUUCGGGGCAGCCCCAAGCCCAAGAUUUCCUGGUUCAAGAAUGGCCUGGACUUGGGCAAAGAUGCCCGCUUCCGCAUGUUCAGCAAGCAGGGAGUGUUGACACUGGAGAUCAGAAAGCCCUGCCCCUUUGAUGGGGGCGUCUAUGUCUGCAGAGCCACCAACUUAGAAGGCGAGGCCCAGUGCGAGUGCCGUCUGGAGGUGCGAGUGCCUCAGUGA